AUGGCCCCCACCCAGCCCGUCGUCGCGGUACUAUACCAGGCCCUCCCGCCACCAAUGUACGGUGGCGUGAGUUACCGAGAUUCCGGGGCUGAUGUGGCAUAUACCUUGUCCCACUCAGGGACCACGGUGCUCACGCCAAAGGAGGCGCCGGAUCCAGCGAAUCAGGACCACUGGUGUUUUCCUGACACGGAGGAAGGCAUUACGACUGCAUUGAAGAAAGGUGCUACGCAUCUAUGGGCUAACACGGUUCUUUUCGCGGAGCAUCCACUGCAGAAGUCUUCGCUGUUGACGCCGCACGAGGCGGAUGUUCGGGUUAUAGGGCAACCGCCGCUAUGCGCAGAUCAAUUCGAUGACAAGUCGUUUGUGAAUGAUUGUCUGCGUCGGCAUGGUGGAUUAACACUACCGAGAUCAUGGACGAUUGAUGAUCCAAGGACUGAAAAGGGUGAUCACGCAGCUGUGCAGAAGACAUUGGAUCCUGUCUUGGCUUCGAUUAAAGACAGUGAUUAUCCAAUUGUUGCAAAGCCAGUGCGUGGUCGAGGGAGCCAUGGCGUGAAGAUCUGUCGCAAUUCCGUCGAGUUAUCUCGGCACGUUGUUCAUCUUUUUGAUGAAUCACCUCGGGUGCUCGUGGAGGAAUAUCUGAAUGGCGAAGAAGGUACCAUCACUAUAAUGCCUCCAUCUCAAGAAGCGAUUCCCGGACAAGCAUAUUCAGAUCGCUUCACACGACACUGGGCCCUGCCACCGGUGACUCGCUUCAACCAUGUGGAUGGAAUCGCCCCUUAUAGUGGCAAGGUGGCGGUGACAGUGAACUCGCGCGCUGUGACGGCCGAAGAGGUAGAUGCAGACCCGGCAUAUGGUGCUAUCAUGAGGGAAUGCGAGACUGUAGCUAGUCUGCUACAGACGAGGGCUCCUCUUCGAAUUGACAUUCGACGGUUCAAGCCCGGGUCGCGAUUUGCGCUGUUUGAUAUUAAUAUGAAGCCGAAUAUCACUGGUCCAGGUCGUCCAGGGCGGGACGACCAGACAAGCCUCAUGGGUCUGGCAGCUGAAUGCAUAGGAUGGGACUAUGCUACUUUCCUGCAAUAUGUGCUUGCAUCAGCGCCGCGGUUAGGAGAAUUGCGCAAUUACGAGAAUCCUUUGCUCAAGUAA